AUGGCUCCCAAGGCUUCCAGCUCCACUGGUAAGAAAAAGAGCAGUUCCAGUACCUCUGAGGAACUGAAAACGCCGAAAUUCAAGCUUCCGACCUCUUUUAUAGCCAGACCUUCGCUAAAAAAUGAUGAACGUUCCAUUUGCAACGUAUACAUGAGCAAGCAGGUGAUGAAAGCUCUUGAAAUCGAUGCUGGAGGUCUAUGUUUAGUUGCUAAAUUGAACGAAAACGGUGUGGUUGCUAUGGCUCAGCCCGGUGAUGAUUCCUUGCCAAACAACGUGGUACAGCUUUCAGGCUCGCUCAGAUCGGUGGGAAACGUUUUGCUGGGAGAUCGAUUGGAAGUGAAGAGGGCGACGUUACAACCGGAAUAUGCAUCUACUGUCACAUUGGGAUCAAGACAGAACAUGCAAAUACCAGAACCUGCUGAGAAGCACAUUUCCAAGUUGUUGGACGAAUGCGGUCUGAUAAUGCCAGGAUUGGUGUUCCCGGGACGUGAAGUAAGCGAGGAUCUCAAUUUGGACCUGGUUAUCACUGCUGUCAAUGACGAAAACGCUGAAGAACUUCCCAACAUCGCAAACUUAAGCAUAAGCGGCUCGGACGUGGAGCAAAGUCAAGUUUUUUACUUGUCACCACCUGCGAUUUUCCGUAAGGGCCAUACCAAAAUCAUUCUUGGCGCCGAUGUUGCGCCUUCCAUCAAGUAUGGCCUUCCCCAGCCUAUCAGCUACGGAAGCGUCGGGGGACUGAAAAGAGAAGUGGAUCUGCUUAAAAGAACCAUAGAACUUCCGCUACACGAGCCAACGCUGUUCGCUGAAUUUGGGGUGACUCCACCACGCGGAAUCCUACUUCACGGUCCACCAGGAACAGGUAAAACCAUGCUGUUGAGAUGCGUUGCUAGCGAGGCCAACGCACACAUACUCACCAUAAAUGGGCCAUCAAUCGUUUCCAAAUAUUUGGGAGAGACCGAGGCUGCUUUACGUGAUCUUUUCAACGAAGCGAAACUGUACCAGCCAUCGAUCAUUUUCAUUGACGAAAUCGAUUCAUUAGCCCCGAGCAGAUCCAGCGAUGAUUCGGGUGAAGUAGAAAGCAGGGUUGUUGCCACAUUGCUCACCUUAAUGGAUGGCAUGGGCAGUUCCGGCCGCGUUGUGGUCGUCGCAGCUACAAACAGGCCCAACUCUGUGGACUCAGCUUUGAGAAGACCCGGCAGAUUGGAUCAGGAAGUCGAGAUCGGGAUUCCCGAUGCCAAUGCCAGACACGACAUUCUCGUCAAGCAAUUUGAAAAAGUUUCAGUGAAGCGUCAUGAGCUCACAUCGAAUGAUAUCUUGCACGUUGCCUCCCGCACGCACGGUUAUGUUGGUGCAGACCUUGUAGCAUUGUGUCGUGAGUCUGUGAUGAAAACUGUACAAAGAGGCAUGAUUCAAGGUCUGGACAGGGGAAGCCUGAAAAUAACCCCCAAGGAUGUCGAAGAUGCUAUGGCAGAAAUUCGUCCCAGCGCCAUGAGGGAGAUCUUCUUGGAGAUGCCCAAAGUAUUUUGGUCAGAUAUCGGAGGCCAAGAAGAUCUCAAACUGAAAUUGAGGGAGAUGAUUCAAUUACCGCUAGAGGCCUCGGAAUCGUUUGAAAGACUAGGUGUUUCAGCCCCCAAGGGUGUCUUAUUAUAUGGACCCCCGGGCUGCUCCAAGACUUUGACUGCCAAGGCCUUAGCCACGGAAUCCGGUGUCAAUUUCUUGGCGGUGAAGGGACCCGAAAUUUUUAACAAAUACGUUGGUGAGUCCGAGAGAGCGAUCAGAGAAGUCUUCAGAAAGGCUAGAGCCGCUUCCCCCAGUAUUAUUUUCUUUGAUGAAAUCGAUGCUUUGUCUCCAGAUCGUGACUCCGGUGGUUCUACCUCGGCUGCUAACCAUGUGCUUACGUCUUUGCUGAACGAAAUUGAUGGUGUCGAGGAAUUGAACGGAGUGGUGAUCGUGGCUGCAACCAACAGACCUGACGAGAUUGAUCAAGCCCUGUUGAGACCAGGAAGACUAGACCGUCAUAUUUACGUGGGUCCGCCGGAUUACGAUGCCAGGAUCCAGAUUAUAAAGAAAAACACACAAAAUUUCAAGCUCGAGAACCCUAUAGAACUUCUCACAGAAAUGGCAAAUAAAACUGAUGGAUGUUCAGGUGCAGAGGUUGUUCUGUUAUGUCAGGAAGCGGGACUUGCAGCAAUCAUGGAGAAUCUGGAUGCUGACCGAGUGGAAAGAAGACAUUUUGAAAAAGCCCUGAAGGGCAUUGCACGAGGAAUUGAUCAAGACAUGCUGGAUUACUAUCGUAGCUUUCAAAAUCGUAGUGGCAUCUCAGCUUGA